GCGCACUGAUUUCUGGGAAGAUCAAAAAUGUCGCCUCAUCUCACAACGCGCAGGAUACAGUAGGAUAGGACUCUGUGGUUGUGACGUCAUAACCCUGAAGGAUCUGAAUCUCUCCUGCUGCUGUGACAAAAUGAUGCGCUUCCUGUUGCUGUUCAGCCGGCAGGGGAAGCUGCGGCUGCAGAAAUGGUUCACGCCAGUCACAGACCGGGAGAAGAAGAAGGUGAUCCGGGACAUGAUGAUGUUGGUGUUGGCACGUCAACCACGUUCCUGCAACUUCCUCCACUGGAGGGACCUCAAGAUCGUUUACAAGAGGUAUGCUAGCCUGUAUUUCUGCGCUGGUCUGGAGGAGCAGGAUAAUGAGCUGCUGACCCUCGAAGUGCUGCACAGAUACGUCGAGCUGUUGGAUAAGUACUUUGGCAACGUGUGUGAGCUGGACAUCAUAUUCAACUUUGAGAAGGCGUACUACAUCCUGGACGAAUUCCUGAUGGGAGGAGAAGUUCUAGAAACAUCCAAAAUAGCUGUGAGUGUGUCUAUGGAGGACGCUGACACACUGCAAGAGACAAUGGAGGAAUACAUGAGCAAGCCUGCCUACUGAGCCAACACGACGACGAUGUCUCACAUUUCAAGACCUGAAUCAAAAGGUUUAUUACUCCCGCAACAUUUUUAUUUAGUGAGUAAUAAUGACUCAUUUGGCACGAUGCCAUAACCACAACCUGGGUGAUUUAUCAUGUUUCUUAUUACGUUUUAAGAGUUGUAAUUAAGUCUGGAUCUGUAAGUGCCUUUUAAGCCUUGUAUUUAUUAAUCUCAGGGUUUUAUUACAAGAAGAUAUGACUGAAAAUACUCUUUUGUUUUUAUGUUUAAAUAUGUUUGUGUAAUCUGAAACGUCAGGCAAGACUAAUGUGUGAUGGUGAGUAAAUGAAGAAACACGACACAGUAAGGAAAAAA